CUAUAGCUGUCAGGGUCCCAGCCCCACGACACCACCAGCAACAACGAUGGGGCUUAUCACUCAGUCACUCGGUUCUUUUCUACACCCAGUCGGCAUCAUGCAGGCCAGAGACACCUGUCUCUAUCCACAGGGCCUGGCCAAUGGCUGGCCCACCAGACACCGUUGCUGCCAUGGUUGCUGGCAGUGAUGAUUAUCUGGCCCCUGGUGCCCACCCUGUCCUCAGGUGGAGUGGGGGUGUGCUUGGGGUGGGGGUGAGACGGUGGUGGUGACAGUGACUGCCAGCCCGGCUCAUUCGGAGUCAGGAGUGAGGACAGCAGGACCCUUGGUGCCGGACCUCAGGAUUCACACACCUGACCCUGAAGCCAGCAGAGGGCUUGGACAGACCUGUAGUGCCAGCCCCCUGCACAGUGGGCGGGCCCGGGAGAAUCCGGGGCAGCAGCUUUCGGGGGAGAGGCCGCGCGACACUCGGAAUGGCGCGCCGGUUUCUGAGCACAGAGCCCUUUGGGAUCCCAUGUGGAUUCCUCCUCCUCAUCUCUUCCCUCUAUAUUUCUCCUUCUCUCCCUCCUCUGCCUUCCCCCUCUUUCUCCAGGAAGCCCUCCGUCCCCAUCUUCCCAGUCACAAAGCAGUCACCCCCCAGUCUGGUGAGGUUCCCCUGGGCCUGAUUGGAUCUGUCUUCCUCUGGUGCUACACAGGAACUGGGAUUUGAGGGAACUGGUAGAGAAAUCAGGAAUGCUUGGUGUAAACUUCAGCCAUGCACUGCGACUUUGGACCUCAGUUUCCCCAGCUGUAAAGCCCAAGGCCUGACUGCCUUUGUCUCUGACUCUUUCUAAGGGAGGCAGCAGCACCUUGAAAGUUCUCAAAAUUCUGAAAGGGGCAGUUUCCCUGGAAAGUCAGAGUGUCUCUGAGCCCCACCAGGAGUUCCCCUUAGCCUGCUACUCCACAUGACUUUAGACAACUCAAGAAUAUCCUUUCUUUUGUUUUUCUCUGCAGGUGGACAGAUCCCUCAGUCUGCACGGCUCAGGAGAGGAUGAAGGCCAACCCAGCAGCCUCCUCCCCGGAGGCCUGCAGAGCUGCAGGCCAGGGUGAGAAGGGCUGCCCUGUCUGCCAGGCCUGGGGAGGAGUCUCAGGCCUAGGGUCGGAGUCAGGGCCUGGGCCCGGGCCAGGUACUGCUUCAGGAUCUAGAGCAGAGCCUGCUACUGUUCUGGGGCCUGGUGCUAUGUCAGGACCUGGGCCGAGGCCUGGUGUGACUCUAGAACCUGCACCAGGGCUUGGUGCUGUGUCUGGACAUGGGCCAGGGCCUGGUGUGGUUCUGGAAACUGGGUCAGGGCCUGGUGUGUCUCCAGAACCUGGACCGGGGCUUGGUGCUGGGUCCAGACACGGGCCAGGGCCUGGUGUGGUUCUGAAAACUGGACCAGGGCCUGGUGUGACUCUAGAACCUGGACCAGGGCUUGGUGCUGGGUCCGGACAUGGGCCAGGACGUGGUGUGGUUCUGGAAACUGGACCAGAGCUUGGUGCUGGGUCCAGACCUGGGCCAGGGCCUGGUACUACAUCAGUACCUGGGCCGGGUCUGGGGCAUGGGGCAGGAGCUGGGUCAGUCCCUGGGCCGGUACCUAGGGCAGGAGCUGCACCAUUACCUGGACCAGGGGUAGAGCCUCGGCCCAGAAGGGGGUCUGGAACUGGGCCCAAACCCAGUGAGCCAGAGACAGCCACCACAUCAGCCCCGCAGCUAAAGACUCAGGCCACACACAUGCAGGCCCCUCGGCAGAAGGUUCUGGUGACCGGAGGAGGAGGCUACCUGGGCUUUAGUCUGGGUUCCAGCCUGGCCAAGAGUGGCAGUUCUGUCCUACUGCUCGACCUCCGCAGACCGCAGUGGGAGCUGUCUCCGGGGACCGAGUUCAUCCAGGCGGAUGUCCGCGAUGAAGAAGCCCUGUACCGUGCCUUCGAAGGGGUGGACUGUGUCUUCCACGUGGCGUCCUAUGGAAUGUCCGGUGCUGAGAAGCUGCAAAAAGAGCAGAUUGAGUCUAUAAAUGUUGGAGGCACCAAACUGGUGAUCAGUGUUUGUGUCCGUCGGCGGGUCCCAAGGCUCAUCUACACCAGCACCGUCAACGUCGUUUUCGGCGGGAAGCCCAUAGAACAGGGUGAUGAGGACUCUGUGCCAUAUUUCCCGCUGGAGAAGCACAUGGACCACUACUCGCGAACCAAAGCCAUCGCCGACCAGUUGACCCUCAUGGCCAACGGAACACCUCUCCCAGGAGGAGGCAUUCUGCGGACGUGUGUGCUCCGGCCCCCAGGGAUCUAUGGGCCCGAAGAGCAGAGGCACCUGCCCCGAGUGGCGAGCCACAUCAAGAAGAGGCUAUUCAUGUUCCGGUUCGGGGACCGCAGGACGCGGAUGAACUGGGUGCACGUGCGCAAUCUGGUGCAGGCCCACGUGCUGGCAGCCGAGGCCCUCACGGCGGCCAAGGGCUACGUGGCUAGCGGCCAGGCAUACUACGUCAACGAUGGGGAGAGCGUCAACCUCUUUGAGUGGAUGGCCCCACUGUUUGAGAAGCUGGGAUACAGCGAGCCCUGGAUCCAGGUGCCUACCUCCUGGGUUUACCUCGCAGCUGCAGCGAUGGAGUAUUUGCACCUGGCCCUGAGGCCCAUCUGUAGCGUCCCGCCGCUGCUUACCCGGAGCGAGGUGCGCAGCGUGGCCGUGACGCACACCUUCCAGAUCGCCAAGGCCCGCGCCCAGCUUGGCUACGCGCCAGACAAAUUCCGCUUCACGGACGUCGUGGAACAGUAUGUGCGGUCCACGAGCCAGCGGCCCUGCGGCUGUACGGCGCGGACGCUCCUACGGCUGCUGCUCGGGCUGCUGCUGCUGCUCGGGCUGCUCGCCCUGGCGCUGCACCUGCUAGGCCGUCAGCGGUCCUUCGUCUGAUCUUCGUCCCUUGGCGGGAGUCGGCUACUGCCUCCGCUCCAUCCUCCGGGCUUGGACCCGCCCCGGCCCCGCCUCCGGAUUUUCUCCGCCCAUUUCCCCGCCCACAUCCCCACCCUCUAGUCUUGGAUCCGCCCCCUGGGUCUUGACUCCGCCUUGGGCACGCCUCUGCUCCGCCUCUGGACUCGCCCUCAUGUCCUUGCCCCGCCCACAUCCCCGCCCUCCGCGCUUGGUCCCGCCCCCUGCACCUUGACCCCGCCCCUGUCCUGAUGUCCGCUCUUGGACACGCCUCUGCACCGCCUCUGGGUCCGCCUGGCCCCACCUUCUGGGUCUGGGCCUGGCGGGGUUACUGAGCAGGUCGCCGCACAGCCUCAUCCGUCUUCCGGGCCUUCGCCCACCCUUCCCUGCCCCGAAUUCUCCCCUGCUCUGGUUUCGCCCUCUUUCUGGCCCUACCGGUAUGAUUGCGCCCUCCGCUUCGUUUCUCUUUCGGACUGGCCCUGCCCCGCCCUCUGGAUCUUGUCCCUCCACUGUCCUCGUUGUAAUUCGGCAACAGCCCCGCCCUCCUCCUCUCCGACUCCCCCGCCCCUCUCCGGGCACGCCUCCUAAGGUGAGUUCCUGGGGCCUGGCCAGAGUCGUCUGCAGCGGCCAAGUGCAGGCCUGGCUAGCCUUUGCAGUUUUCCCAGUCUAAUGCUGCCUGUCUAGGGUCACCGGACCCUCCUCGCCGUUCAGGCUCCUCUGUGCUUGUCCUGAGAUCGUCUUGAAGAGACUCAUUCCAGGAGAGUUGCUUUUGAUCUGCUGCUACCUUAAUGUUUUGGGUUCACUCAGUCGUGCAUUAUCUCCUUCUGUGUUGAUAGUCAGGGUUGGAGGGACCCCUGAGACCCAGACUUCUGCCUAGCCCAUAGCCCUUUUGGAUUUCCGGCUUACUAGCCUGGGGCUGACUUAGCUUAUUAAGCACAGGCUUCUGUACCAGCCAGGAUCUAAACCAAAACAAAAUUUUUAAAGGUGGUCAAAAGGUAUAAACUUCCAGUUAUAAAAUAAAUAAGUCGCGGUGAUGUAAAGGUGAGUAUCGUUAAUAAUACUGUAUUAUGUCUGUGAAACUUGCUAGGAGAAUAGAUCUUCUUUACAAGAAAAAAUUGUAACUAUGUCUUGAUGGCUGUUAACCAAACUUGGUCAUUUCACAACAUUGUGUUGUACAUGUGAAAUUAAUAUUAUGUGUAAAUUAUAUCUCUAAAAAAUAGCUUUUUAAAGGACUGGACCUUUUGGAAAAGUACCAAUAUAAUUAUAAUGGGAAGAGUUA